AUGGAGGAGAUUGAGGGCCGGCUGGUACUCGCGUGGGGUGAGGGAAGGGAGGACUGGGAGCUGGCGACGCGGCGUCUUCGGAUGGCGCACCUGUCGCUGCACAAGGCCGCGGAGAUGCUGCAGGCACACACGGGACUCACAGCACUGCUGGAGGUGGCUGGCGCCUUCUUCGGGGCCGUCUACAGCGGCUACGAGCUGGUGCUGCAGUUCGUUGUCCGGCCUUCCACUGGGUCGCAGGUACUCUUCAACAGGUCGAGCACCCUGGCGGCCGUGUGGCUGCUGCUCCACGCGCUGCAGCUGGUUGGGCUGUCGCUGUCGUGCGACCUGGCAGCUGGGGAGGCGCGCCGCACGCAGGUGGUGCUGGCCCGCGCCGCUGCCCUCCUGGCCCCAGCCGCGGUACCACCGGAGCUGCGCGCCUUCCAGCAGCAGUUGGCAGCAUUGCCCCCACAGCCCUUCACCGCCGCCGGCUUCCUUACCAUCGACAAGAGACUGCUCACCUCCACCAUCGCCACAGCCGUCUCCUACCUCAUCAUCAUCGGCCAGAUGGCACACUACUAG